AAGAUGCGGCAAAUGCAUGUGAGCAGCUGACCUUUGGGAGUAGAGUGAGCUUCACUUUGGGACAUCAUGGUUUCCACACCAGUGCUUCUGCUGCAGCUGCUCCUGGUCCCUGUGGUGUAUGCAUCACACCACUUUGGAGGACUUGCCACCGUCUUUGGAGGAAGAAACUCGGAUGGAACAUUUACAGUCAACAUUACCUACAAGGCAACCUUUGAUGGGUGUUACUACAGUCAAUCCUUGCAUUGUUACGAUGGCAACUGUGGAUCUGAGGUCAAUAGUCGCAGAGGCAUACUUGACAGCAGCACCAAUGUACCAAAAUAUACCAGACAAUGGUGUGAAGCAGAGACUCUGAUCACAAGACGUGUCUCAUCCAACAAGCCUUUCUCUUUACGGUCAGCUCGUUGUUGCUGGAUUCCAACAAGGAACAACCUCAACAGUUGGAGACUACUGACCACUGUGGAUUUGGGUACAAGAUCUGACACAGGAGAGCCAAACAAAUCCCCAGCCAUUGGCACGCUACCUUUCCUUCGAGUUCCUCAAAACUGUCCGCGGACGUACAAGCUAAUGGCCUUUGAUGCUGAUGGUGACCGGGUCCGAUGUAGAUACGGAAAGAUUCUGAAUACAGAAUGCGGCUCGUGCAGUCAGCCUGUAGGCUUUCACCUGGAUCAGGACUCUUGCACUUUGUACUACAACUACACCUUGUCUGAUCCCAGUGUUUAUGGAUUUGAGUUGGUGGUGGAAGACUUUCCACAGCAGCACGUCAUACUAUCGUACAGUGAUGGCUCCCAUUCCUCCAAGUCUCCUCUGAGGGUUAGGAGAAAGAGACCAGCAGUUAAUCCAUAUCAGUGGUGGCCUAGGACAACCUUAGACCCAUGGUGGCAAAUUCAAACUACAACUAGUAGACAUGCGCCUUCUACGGGCUCUCCUACCACACCAAUUCCCCCCACCCUGUGGUCACGUUGGCCUACGACAACCCCGGAUCCAUGGUGGCGAAGUCAAACAACUAAUAGAGCUACGCCAUCUACAGGCGUUCCAACUACAUCAUCACCACCCCCUUGGGGGCGGUGGAAAACUACAACACGACAGCCAUGGUGGUGGUGGAACACGCAGCAGACUACAAGAUCUACAACAGCCGGCUAUCCCACUACAAUGCAGCAGCAAACUAUAACCCCUCGACCUUGGUGGUGGUGGUUGUACACUAAAAGUACAGUAGCACCAACACCACCAUGGUGGUGGCAUCAUAGUAUAGACCAUUUUAGACCCACUACAACACCCCAAUACACCCCAACUUCAGCUCUCAGCAAACUACCUUUGCAAUUCUCCUUACUCGUGGACCCCCCUGUUCCUUCAUGUCAAGAGGGACUUUAUAUACCAGGGUUUGUAUAUCCAACACCCCAGAAUGGAGAACGCAUCUAUGCAGAGGUCAACAAAGAAGUGGAGAUCAGAGUCAAAGCCCAAGCUAUUUAUGCAAAAAUACAUGGCAUCAUCAUGAGUGGGCCAAUAAAUGUCAAUAAGCACAGAACCACACAUGAAGAGUUCGUCAUGAGGUGGAUACCCAGGCCUGAAGAUAUGGGGAGACAUUACACACUCUGCUUCGCUGUUGAAUCACUCAUAUCAGAGUCCGGUACAACCACAACUGAACCCUCAUAUCAUUAUGCAACUCAUCACGACUACUUUUCAGCGACCAAACAAUUAGUCUACCAGUCUGAAAUGAGAUGUGUUCUGCUUGAGGUUCAGAAGGAGACAGUUAAAGCUAAGGUGACCUGCACUGAGUCCAGUAUGACAGUGGAAGUUGAAAAAGCUUCACUUCAAGGAAUCCAGGUGGAUCACCUACGUCUCAGUGAUCCUGGCAACAUUGAGUGCAGUCUUCAAAGACACUCCAACAGCACGCACGUCAUUGCUGUCAUACCUCUCAACUCUUGUGGCACUCAGCUGGAGGAGGAUGAUGAAAAUCUUAUUUUCAAGAAUGAAAUAAACACUGUGGACAAUGUCCACAACAUCAUCACCAGGAAACACAGGCUGGAAGUAGACUUCCACUGCCAGUAUCCCAAACGAGGAAAUGUGACCCAGAGUUUCAUUGGACACAGAAAGACUAUCACAGUUUGGGAAAAGGGUUUUGGCAGGUUCACCUACCAGUUUGAGUUCUACCCAAACGACCAAUUCCAAAGCAUGAUUAGUCCAACCCUAUAUCCUCUGGACUAUAAACUAGGAACCAGGAUUUACAUGAAGAUAGAGGCCUCCUCUUCGAUCAACAACACAGAACUUUUUGUGGAAUCGUGCAGAGCUGCACCAUAUGAUAAUCCCAACUUUCGGCCGACAUACUCUAUCAUUGAAGAUGGAUGUGCAGUGGAUCCAACAGUUCAGAUCUACUCCUCUGCUCCUGAACAUGAAUUCAGGUUCAGCAUUGAGGCCUUCCAGUUCAUUGGAUUGCAUGAUCAUGUGUACAUCAGCUGUUCAGUCUUGAUGUGUGAGGCAGGGAACGCUUACACCAGGUGCUCACAGGGAUGCAUCAACACUAAAUGGACAGACAGUGACCACCAUCACGUAAAGAGAGAAGCUGUCAUCCAGACUGCCAGCCACUUUGUUUCUCAAGGACCACUGCGCCUUAAGAAAUCAGCAGAGAGUAAUGAAAGCACAGUGACGAAUUUGAAUCUGAACCUCAUAUUCAUCGCUGGAUGUCUUCUGGCAAUUGUUGGCACGAUCAGCACAGUUGUCAUGUACAAAGUCAAAAUGUCAAGCGUUAAAUAUCAACGUUUACCAACAUUUGAAAGUUAAACACGUACAGGUGUAUAUGGAGUAAAACCCUUCUAUAUUGUUUACAACUAAAAUUUUAUUUUGAGCUUGUUUGAAAUCAUGUGUUUGGGUGUGAAAAAUAAUGGUUAGGGAUGCAUAUCAAGAUUGAAAUGGACGGAUUACAUCAAAAUGAUUAACCUUUAAAAAAUAUUAAUACAUAUUUGUAAUUGUUUGGGCGGCACGGUGGACGACUGGUUAGAACAUCAGCCUCACAGUUCUGAGGACCCGGGUUCAAUCCCCGGCCUCGCCUGUGUGGAGUUUGCAUGUUCUCCCCGUGCCUGCGUGGGUUUUCUCCGGGCACUCCGGUUUCCUCCCACAUCUCAAAAACAUGCAUUAAUUGGAGACUCUAAAUUGCCCGUAGGUGUGAAUGUGAGUGCAAAUGGUUGUUUGUUUCUGUGUGCCCUGCGAUUGGCUGGCAACCAGUUCAGGGUGUACCCCGCCUCCUGCCCGAUGACAGCUGGGAUAGGCUCCAGCACGCCCGCGACCCUUGUGAGGAGAAGCGGCUCAGAAAAUGGAUGGAUGGAUGUAAUUGUUUGUUACUGGCAUAAUGACAUUGAAUCCUGUAAUUGCUUGCUGAAAAUACUCAGAACUUCCGCUCUUUUUAUAAAUAAAGCUACAGUAGACUGAAAGGACCAUCAACCAGCACUGCAGCUGUUGGCUGAGCAUUAGUUUGUGAUAUUAAAAAUGAGCGGAAGGUGAGUGAAGAAAUGAUAUUAUACAGGAGAUUGAAUAUCCAAGAAAACAUUCUGUAUUUAAUGGAAUUCCAUUGAUACCCAUGCUUGACAAUCAGGAAAAAAAUAUAAUACAGUAUCUUGCAUAUUCAUUUUUGUUCAAUACGUACAAGGCGUGACCAUAAAGAAACAAGACUGUGGCAGCCACGCUCAUUACUUCAAUGGCUAACUGCUUAUUGUUACAGUGUUGCUGUCAUGUGUGUGUGUGUGUGUGUGUGUGUGUGUGUGUGUUCCGGGUUUUGUCUUCCCCUCCCUGUUUCACACACACCUGCUCCUGUGAGCAUCUUCACCACCUGUGCCUCGUUCACCCUAAUUACCUAUUGUAUUUAACCUCGUGUCUCAUUCCCUCUUGUUACCAGUUCGUUGUACCUUGUCGUCGCGUUCCAGCAUUCCUUGUUUCCACGUCACAGACUCACAGUAAGACUUGACCCUGUUCCGAUUAUCGAUCUCGCCUCUUUGCCUCAUGUUUUUGGAUACUGUUGCCUUUCUUGGAUUGCCUGCCUGUGUACCGACCUAUGCCCGUCUAUUAAACCUCUCUUUUUUUG